CCAGCAGCCCCUGUUGCUAUGCUGCGGCUCUCGCGGCUUCUACGUGUCCAGAAAUGCCCAUACGCUGUCCUUGGUGUCUCAGAAACAGCCACCACUGCAGAGAUCAAACGUGCUUUCCAGGACCGGGCCAAGAUCACCCAUCCGGAUGUUGCCAAGGGCAAGGACAGUCACUUCCGAGAAAUGGUGGAGGCCUACCGGAUCCUGCGAGAUCCCAAGAAACGCGGCGAGCAUGACAGACAAGCAAGUCGUGCGCGUUUCGGGGCAGACACGACUGACACAUGGCCACGUGGUGAAGGUGAGGGUUUGUCAGAGGCAGCCCGCGCGAAACUUUACAAUUACCCUAUGGGUGGAAGAAGUUCUCGCGAUCGCAGACCACCACCAGGCUUUGAAGGACCACAAGUAGUACCAACUGCAUGGGCCGGGGAUCGCAUUCCUUUGUACAUUUUAGCCUUCUUUGGCACCUUCUACGCCUACAAGUACUACCUGGCCAAUGAUCCGACGAAAAUGAAAGACAUGGAUCCAUAUCCCACUCGCCUACCGGCGAAGGAGCUUGCAAGAGAAGCCAAGGCCAAGGCCGCGGCCCUGAUCCCUGCGCCAGAUGCCGAGUUAGGAACUUCACGGGCGGCGGCAUAUGACAAGGCUGCAGCCGUUGCAGAUGACACAGACAAAAGGGUUUGGGCCUACUACAACCCCUUCCUCACGGUAUGGCAUCGGAUCCCAGAUGGCUUCGAGCCGCCGGCCUCCAUGGACCUCACGGCGUGGCACAAGAAGCGCACGGAUCCCUCGGAGUGGAGCCGGCUCUUUGCAGAAGGGAAGCUGGCAGAGAUCAUUCCCAGAGGUGGCUUGAAGGUCCGCCUCAUCCCAGCCUGGGAUACUCAUGAGCCAGUCCUACUGAAGGACCCACUGACACAAAAGACGGUUCAAGUGACUCAAAAGUUGCUGAAGGCCCGUGCGACGUCCACGAAGCCACAGAGCUGUGAGAUUCGCUUCUGACAUCGCCCCUCAAGACCAUUGAUAGCAGCCCUGAUUUCUGCGCGAACUGCAUCUCUCUUG